CCGGUGGAUCUGCCGGCCGACAGACGGCCACAGAAGCGCCGGCGCUCGUCGACGGCGGAGCGGACUCAGUGCGUCGCGCCGGGCCCGAGCGGAGCGGCGCCGACGCAGAGCGAGCGAGCGGCGCCGGUCGCAGCGGGUUCUGAAGUGACCUGAGCGGACGGCCGCCCCGGCGCGGGUCACCAUGAAGGUUCUGCUCUGGGUCUGCCUGCUGACUGCGCUGUGCGCAGUGGCGGCGGAGGAGCACCAAAGGGAGAGGCGGGACCUGCUCAAGCUGUUCGGCUUCAACAGCCGGCGAGGGCGCGGCAAGGGACACGGCGGCAGGGGCCGAGGACGAGGAAAGGGCGGCCGCGGCCGCGGACACGGCGGCGGACACGGCGGCGGACACGGCGCACCGUCAACCAGCUAUGGGCCACCGCCCUCAACCAACUACGGACCACCGCCCUCAACCAGCUACGGACCACCGCCCUCGACCAGCUAUGGACCACCGCCCUCAACCAGCUACGGGGCACCACCAUCAUCUGGUUAUUCGGCACCGUCGGGUGGACACGGUGGUGGAGGAGGUGGACACGGAGGCGGGGGUGGUGGAUACAGCGGAGGAGGUGGGGAAGGUGGGCACGGUGGUGGAGGGGGAUACAAUGGAGGUGGACAUGGCGGUGGAGGUGAUGGACACGGAGGCGGAGGCGGCGGACACAGUGGCGCAGGAGGCGGAUAUAGUGGAGGCGGUGGAGGAGGCGGACACGGUGAUGGAGGCAGUGGACAUGACGGUGGACGCGGGGGAUACAGCGGAGGUGGUGGAGGCGGUGGACACAGUGGAGGAGGAGGUGGAUACAGUGGAGGCGGUGGCGGAGGCGGACACGGUGGUGGAGGCAGUGGACACGAUGGUGGAGGCGUUGGAUACAGCGGAGGCGGUGGAGGCGGUGGACACAGUGGAGGAGGAGGUGGAUACAGCGGAGGUGGUGGAGGAGGCGGACAUGUUGGUGGAGCCAUUGGACACGGCGGUGGAGGCGGCGGAUAUAGUGGAGGUAAUGGAGGUGGUGGACACGAUGGUGGAAGCGGUGGAUACAGUGGAGGCGAUGGAGAUGGACACGGCGGUGGAGGCGGAGCUGCAGGGGGAGCGUACGGCGGCGGCCAGCGAACCUCCAAGGAUUUUUCUGCCGCGUGCGAAGCAUGCAAUGGCUUUAAAUGGGUACCGAUUCCGGGCCCUUCGCGGGGCGCCAACAGGCAGCCGAAACAGAGCUAUGGAGCCCCCACGCAGCCUGAACAGAGCUACGGCGCUCCCACGCAGCCUGAGCAGAGCUACGGAGCCCCCACGCAGCCUGAACAGAGCUAUGGAGCCCCUACGCAGCCUGAACAGAGCUACGGAGCCCCCACGCAGCCUGAACAGAGCUAUGGCGCCCCCACGCAGCCUGAGCAGAGCUACGGCGCCCCCACGCAGCCUGAACAGAGCUAUGGCGCUCCCACGCAGCCUGAGCAGAGCUAUGGAGCCCCCACGCAGCCUGAACAGAGCUACGGAGCCCCCACGCAGCCUGAACAGAGCUAUGGAGCCCCCACGCAGCCUGAACAGAGCUAUGGCGCUCCUACACAGCCUGAGCAGAGCUAUGGAGCCCCCACGCAGCCUGAACAGAGCUAUGGAGCCCCCACGCAGCCUGAACAGAGCUACGGAGCCCCCACACAGCCUGAAGAGAGCUAUGAGGCCCCCACGCAGCCUGAACAAAACUAUGGAGCUCCUACCCAGCCCGAACAGAGCUAUGGAAGCCCCCAGCAGCCAUCUCAGCCUCAGCAAAGCUAUGAAGCCGCUCAGACACCAUCACAGCCUCAGCAAAACUAUGGCGCCCCUCAGCAGCCAUCUCAGCCUCAGCAAAACUAUGGAAGCCCUCAGCAGCCGUCCCAGCCUCAAGAGAGCUAUGGAAACCCUCAGCAAUCAGCUCAGCCUCAACAAAACUACGGUGCCCCUCAGCAGCCAUCCCAGCCUCAGCAAAACUAUGGAAGCCCUCAGCAACUACCGCAAGCUCAGGAAAACUACGGAGCUCCUCAGCAAGGGUCACGGCCGCAACAAGGUUACGGGGCUCCGCAACAGCAGGACAUUAUUGUCCAACAGCAGCUGGCGAGGCUGCCUCCGUCACCUCUGCCGCAGUUAUUUAACGGCGCCGACUCUCCGCAGCAGGCGUACGGGUCUCCACAGGGCCCGGCCACAGUCAGCCAGCAAGGCUUCAGUCAGCAGCAAAGUCAGGAAUACGGCGCGCCCCAGUUCCAGGACGUAAUCAGCCAGACGCAGGCUGCCCAGGUCUCUGUCGGCCAGCAGUCCCAGCAGGCUCCCUUCAGCCAACAAUUAUUCAAUCAGGGCGUGCAGCAAGGCCGGGGGCAGCAGGCAAGCCAAGAUUACGGUGCACCGCAGCAGCAGGACAUCAUCAGCUCAGGACAGGCGGGAAGUUUCGUCUCUCAGCAGAACCAGCAGGUGAACCAGGACUACGGUGCACCGCAGCAACAAAAUACCGUAAGCCAGCCACUAUUCGGCGGCUCCGCUUCUCAGCAGGGUUUCGGCCAACAGGUGAACCAGGACUACGGCGCACCUCAGCAGCAGGAUAUCAUCAGCCCUGCACAAGUCGGCGGCUUUCCCUCCCAACAGCAAUCCGGUAGUUUUGCGUCCCAGCAGAACUUUAACCAGCAGGCGAGCCAGGACUACGGCGCGCCCCAGCAGCAAGACAUCAUCAGUUCCUCCCAGGCCACCAGCUUCGUCCCCCAGCAGAGCUUCAACCAGCAGGCGAGCCAAGACUACGGCGCGCCCCAGCAGCAGCAGGUUAUCAGCCCGCCGCGGGGCGCGUCGCAGCAGGCCGGCCGCUAUGACAAUCAGGGCUCUGACGUCUCCUCUCAAGGCAACGUUGGUGUGAUAUCAGGCAACGCCGCCAACAACUAUGACAAUCAGGGCUCUGACGUCUCCUCUCAGGGCAACGUUGGUGUGAUAUCAGGCAACGCCGCCAACAACUAUGGCAAUCAGGGCUCUGGCGUCUCCUCUCAGGGCAACGUACAGCAGUUCGUCCAAGACCAACAGCAGUCCACCUUCGGCGAUGUCAUCGUCGACUCCCAGCAGCAACAGCAGGACGCUUCCUUUAACAGUGGAUUUGUGAACGUCCAGCAAGAGGGAGAGAUCGUCCAGAAUGCUCAGGGUGUGAACGUGGACAACACCUUCACGAGCGAUCAACAAGACAGCGUUUUUGCUAACCAACCGGAUUCCUUCGAAAGUAACUUCGUAGACAAUGGCCAAGCUGUGAUUCAGGAGAAUCAGCAAACGUCCAUUUUGGGAGCCGUUGAUGAAGGCGCGCGGCAAACCGAGAUUGUUCAAAACCAGGUGACGUUUGAUGAGAGUUUCAGCGACAGCCAGCAGGGAGGAGUCAAGACCCAGCAGGACCAGGUUUCGUCCGUCCAGAACAGCAUCGCUGUUGACCAGCAGCAGUAUCAGCAGGCCCAAGACGGCGACGUGCAGAUUUCUGGAGACGCCUUCGCGAGCCAGGGUGACUUCCAGUCGACGGUAGACACGUCGUUUGAUGACAUCUCGCAGACACAGCCGUUCGGCUCUCGGCUCUCGGUGACGACGACAGUGCGGCUCAGGAUGGGCCCGUCGGACCGCCUGCGGCCCUCCAAGACAGUUCACCUGCACUUCAGCCCCGCCGUGCCGCUGGAGAAGGUGAAGGUGCACGAGGACACCCCACCGUCCGCGCCGACCACGCUCUCGUCAACGCGUUACGAGGACGCGUCGACGCCGACGGCGACGACUCCCGCGCCGUCUCGCUACACCACCAUCAACAGCACGUACUUCCCGCCGGAGACGACGAUCGCCCCGCCGGCUUCCACCACCAAGGCCUCCUCCCUGCUCAGCCUGCUGGGGUCUGCGGCCAGGGCGUUGUGGAAGAAGACUCAGGUUUUGUUCCGGGUGGCGGAGACGCCGGAGAUUCGUUCGGACGCCGCCGCCGCGCUGAUGCCGCCCGAAAAGUUCCUCGAGCUGAUGCUUAUGACGACGAAAAUGCUGGACGCGGAGGCCGAGGAGCAGCGCGCGCGCGAGGUAGCGAGGCUAGCCACUGCAACAGAGCUGUCAUCCACUGACAGGGAUGCUACAACUUCCGUGGAUAUUGGCGCCGAUCUCAUGAUCAAGGCCAUGCAGCUGUCUGAGGUACAGGAGAUGAAGAGGAACAACUCGCUGGAGACGGUGAUGAUAGCGCCCACACGUACCGCUUUCGACGCUUUGAGCCCGUUGAAUACGGAUGCAGGGAUGACAUUUCUAGAUCGUCCGCAAGAGGGUAGCGAGCUCUUGGAUGUGGAGAACACCGAGGACGACGGGCUGCAGGCCACUGGUGAGAGCGACACUCUCACACCGGAGGCGAGGCUGAGGCUGGUGAGCGUGUUGGAGGCCCUGGCGACGCUGGGGUCAGCACCAGCAGCGGACGAUGAAGUGACGUCUCAGCCAUCUGCAGGAUCAGGCGGCUCAGAGACCAUCACCGCCGAGCUUCUCCAACCGGCUUCUCCCGCCGGAACUCCACGCUCGACUGAGACGAACAGCACGCUCGACGGCCGAGCUGUGGAGGUGGUCUCGGCAGAGGGUGAUGUGAUGCCCGCCGACGUGGACGUCGAGGACGGCCGCCUGGCCGCGCUGCUGUCGCGGCUGUCAGAGUCCGACCAGGGCCGGCAACAGCGUGGCACGGCACUGGCCGACGCUCUGCUCGCCGGCACGGUUCCGCCAUCUAUGUUCGCUGCACGAGCUCAGCUCCGCUCACCAGGAGAGGCGCCUAACGGGCCCCACUCGCUGGACUCUACGUCACUGCGGGAGGCGCGUCUCCUCGAAGCCGAGGCGGACGGUCCACCGUCGGCCGUCGACCUGACGCCGGUCGAGUCGCGGCGGCGUGCCUGGGUGUGGAGCAGCGGCCCAAACUACGCGGUCAACUUUGCCGAGGGUCGUGCGAACGACCCGGAGGCGUCCUCCAUCCGAGAAGUGUUGGUGGAGCUCAAGAAACUAGACGCAUGA